AUGACGAGAUCGACAGUGACCAGAUCGACAGCGAAGAGAUCGACAGCGAAGAUAGGGCCGUCCAUCGAGAGAAAGGAACUACCACGAUGCUUAAAUCCCUGCACCCUUUGCGUUAUCCGCAAGAGGCGUUGCGACGCGCAAACUCCAUGCGAAAAUUGCACCAAGCGAGGAGCUGCUAAUCAGUGCAGGCGUCGUCCUCGGAGAUCCCUAGGAACUGCGAGUCCAGGGCGAACUCUCACAUCUCCAAACCAAAACCAGCCAUCUAGUCAAUCUUCUUCUACACAAUCAAGCUUGUCUUCAGUUAGAUCUGAAUCGCCAACACCGGAAGUCUUUGCAAAACAAGCCCUACCAUCUCGGCCAAGGUCUAGUGGUGGAGUGGAGGAUGUGCAGCAAGAUGUAGCUGUCACGCUAGACUUUCCGCCAUUGAGUCGACGGCAGCUUGUACAAGCACCACAGAAGUAUGAGGAAAUGUUUUUCACAGCUAAGCAGAUCAACGAUUUGCUCAUUUUCCACGGAGGUUGUCUCGCAUGGAUACACAAUGUGGUUCAUUUGCCCUCUUUCCGUGAUCAAUGUCAGUCGAAACUUGCUGGGGACGAGUUGCCUACGGAUAAGACGUGGGAUGCACUUUACUACUCAAUGCUAGCUGUAAGAAUCCCUGUGUGUUUGAUUCCGGUUCUCUCCAUUUAUUGA